GAACCAAUGAGGCCUCAGGUCCUGCUGGCCCCUUAGACCUCAGCACCUGCCCUGUCCCCACGAUGCUGCUCUGGGCCCUCCUGCUCACACUCCUCUCCCAGGGCGCUGGAGCCUGGGACGACCCGCGUGACUGUCCCCCCACAGCCUGGGACCACCCCACCUGCACGGAGGGCGUCGUGUCGGUGACCAGCGGGGCGCCCGCCGAGAUGACCUGCACCAUCUCCAACGCCUUCCUCAGAGUCCGCGUGUGCCUGCGGGCCCCCGGCCGGGAGGCCUGCCGGCCGGUCUUCGCCCGGGCGGCCCCGGGGUGCUCCUCCCGGGGCGGCUGGCGGCUCUGUGUGGAGGGCGGCUCGGCGAGGAUGGUGACAGAGAAAGCCCAGGCCAGCCAGGCGGGGCAGUACCAGUGGACCCUCGUGGGGUGCCAGAAAGACCAAUCAUUCACCUACCUGAACGUUUCAGAGCCGCCUGAGCAGCCCUCCACACCCCCCUGGGGGACCCAGGACCUGCCCUCGGCCCAGGACCCCCUCCCGGCCCAGGACCUGCACUCGGCCCAGGACCCGCCCCCGGGGCGGCUGCGUGUGGUCCUCAUCCUGGUCCCCAUGCUGCUGCUGCUCUGCAUCCUGGCUCUGGGAGGCCUGCAGUGCUGGCGUGGGGACCGCGGUCGCCCCCUGCACGUUCAGUUCGCAGAGGGAGAGAGAGAAACAUCAAUGAUGAGAGAGACUCAUGGAUCGACUGCCGCCUGCACACCCCACUGGUUGGAGCCUAACCGAACCGCCGGCCGGUGCCCUGACCAGGAACCCUGCCCUGCCUUCCGUUUCCCGGUCACCGCUCGGCCCCGAGCCACGCCCUCACCCAGCUCUUGAAUAAAAUAAAGCACCAUGAUGGGCGAA